AUGGCGGGAAUGCUCGGCGUUGGCGCCACCCGUUCCCGCCUCCUCCGCUCCCCGCUACCCCUAUUUACCAGGCGCGCUCCCCUCCACCUCGCACCCCACCCCGACCCCAUCUCCCGCCGCCUCCUCUUCCUCCCAUCAAGAACCCUCACCGCCGCAGCGACGACGAUGGCCGCCACCAACGGUACCGCCGCCGCGGACCCCGUCCAGGAACAGCCCAAGGCGGCGGCGGCCCCCUCGCCGGCGCCGCUGUUGCUCAAGGUGAAGAAGCUGUCGGCCAACGCCGUGCUGCCCUCCCGCGGCUCCGCGCUGGCAGCCGGCUACGACCUCUCCAGCGCGGUGGAGGCCGUGGUGCCGGCGCGCGGCAAGGCGCUCGUCGCCACCGACCUCAGCGUCGCCGUCCCGCACGGCACCUACGCGCGCAUCGCGCCGCGGUCGGGGCUGGCGUGGAAGCACUCGAUCGACGUGGGCGCGGGCGUGGUGGACGCCGACUACCGGGGCCCCGUCGGCGUCGUCCUCUUCAACCACUCGGACGCCGACUUCGCCGUGAAGCCCGGGGACCGCGUCGCGCAGCUGGUCGUCGAGAGGAUCGCCACGCCGGACGUCGCCGAGGUGGACGACCUCGACGCCACCGUCAGGGGCGAGGGCGGGUUCGGAUCCACCGGCGUUUGA